CGCGCCCCGCGGGGUGGGGCAUCUGGCGGUCACCCCGGCCCGCUGUGCGCCCCUCGGAAUCCCCGUGUCCGGCGGUCACCCGGCCCCCUGCCCUGCGCCCCGCGGGGCCCCCUGUGCGGCGGUCACCCCGCCCCGCCGUGCGCCAGUCCCGGGGUCCCCGCGCCGCGUCUGGUCGCUCUAGGCCGGCGCCGGCGGCCGAAGGCGGAACCCAGCCCUUCUCCCCCCUCCUCCCGAGCUGUGUGUGCGGUCAGGCCCAGGCCAAGCCGCUCCUCCUUCCUCUUUCCUGCUGCUGGAGGCGCGGGAGGCGAUUCGUCAGCGACACCUCACCAUGGAGCAGCUGAGCGCAGCGAACACCCGCUUCGCCGUGGACCUGUUCCUCGCCCUGACCGAGCACAAUCCUGCCGGAAACAUCUUCAUCUCCCCCUUCAGCAUCUCGUCAGCGCUGGCCAUGGUCUUUCUGGGGGCCAGAGGCGAGACCGCGGCGCAAAUGUCCAAGGCUCUCCAUUUCGAAGGAGUUGAGAUUCAUUCGGGAUUUCAGAAUCUGAAUGCUGCUAUCAACAAGCGUUGUGCUCCCUACACCCUGAAACUCGCCAACAGGUUAUUUGGAGAGAAGAGCUAUGAUUUCCUCCCUGAGUUCUUAGCUUCAACGCAGAGAAUGUACAGUGCUGAGCUGGCCAGUGUGGAUUUUCUGCGGGCCUCCGAGGAAGCGAGAAAGACCAUAAACGAGUGGGUCAAAGGGCAGACGGGAGGGAAAAUUCCGGAGCUGUUGGCCUCAGGUAUGGUUGACAGCUUGACGAAGCUGGUGCUGGUGAAUGCCAUCUAUUUCAAAGGGAAGUGGCAGGAGAAGUUCAUGGUGGAGGCCACCAAGGAUGCGCCUUUCAGACUGAAUAAGAAAGAAACGAAAACGGUGAAGAUGAUGUAUCAGAAGAAGAAGUUUCCCUUUGGCUACAUCAAGGACCUUAAGUGCCGGGUGCUGGAGCUGCCCUACGAGGGCAAGGACCUCAGUAUGGUCAUCCUGCUGCCGGACGACAUCCAGGACGAGGCCACGGGGCUGAAGAAGAUUGAGCAACAGCUGACUCUGGAGAAGCUGCGGGAGUGGACCCAACCCGAGAGCCUAGACCUCCUUGAGGUCAGGGUCCAGCUGCCUAGGUUCAAGCUGGAGGAGAGUUACGACCUCAACGAGCCCCUGGCCCGCCUGGGUGCACGGGAUCUCUUCAGCAGCAAGGCGGACCUGUCCGGCAUGUCGGGGGCCAGGGACCUCUUCAUAUCCAAGGUGGUCCAUAAGUCCGUCGUGGACGUGAACGAGGAGGGCACGGAGGCGGCGGCCACCACGGGAGUCAUCACCGAGUUCGCCAUGCUGAUGCCAGAGGAGGAGUUCGUUGCCGACCACCCUUUCAUCUUCUUCAUCCAGCACAAGCCCUCCUCGCACAUCCUGUUUCUAGGCAGGCUUUCCUCCCCAUAGAAGCUAGGGACGUUAAAUCAAGGUCAAGCCUAAGCUCUUUGCCUGCCCUUUAGAUGGGGACCAUUCGCAUAAAUCUUUACCCAUAAAGUACUAUUCGAUAAUGAAUCUUUAACCUCCUUUGUAAGCUCAGCUCUGUUGGCUGUUCACACUUGGCAUGGGUAUCUCUUCUUCUUUUUUUAUACUGAAAAAAAUCCCGUGAUUUCUCUUGAAUGCACUGAGUUAAAAAAAGAGAAAAAUCAGAUGUGUAGAUCCUUGACAAUGUAGCAGUCUAGGAAGUUGCUAUACUUUCCUGAGAGCCGUGGGGGACAGUGGUCACGCCGUCAUCUGCUUUUAGAGAUAGACUUUUGGAAGCCGCAGUAGAGAGAUGUCCUGAUAGCUGAGGGGAGGCUUCAACAGAUACUCAGUUGAAAUCCAGGCGAGCGCCCCCAUUGAGGCCCAGGGUUGAGACAGCCUUGCCUUGGCGAGGUCUCUGACCCUGCGUCCAGCCCUCCGGCCUGGCGGUAACCCACGCCCUCCCUUGUCUGUUCUCCCGUGCUCCUCCGGAUGUGCGCUAUGAGGGGCACAAGGAGUCAGGCAGUAGAUGUCUUAUCAGGAAAGAAGCCAAGAAAUGGCAACAGGAUCUCACUGCUCACUGCCUUCUCCCCUGUUUUCUGAUGAAGGCUCUUGAUGUCCAUCACCUGGCACACGUCUUUAUGGUAACAGGACAGCUUUAUGCAAGGCUGUAGAGGAAGCGGUGGCGGGGUGCUAUUUGAUGAAUGUCAGCCUUUGUCAAUGUUCUUCUUGGAAUGUGCCUUGAAUUGCUGCUUCUUGCUCUCAUGAAGCUGUUGGGUUGGUUAAUAAAGUUUCCUAAGAUCGUGCAAACCAGA